UACUGGCAGGUUUUAAGUCAUCAUGACAGACAGUUGACAUACUGUCUAGCAAUCAUAACAAAAUAUCAAAACACAACACAAAAAUCGUAAAAAGUUAUAAAAUUACAAAAAAAUACAAGUAAUGCUUUAUUUUGUGUGUUCAAACAAUAUUCACACUUGAAAGAUGUCUCGACACUCAUCUUAUGACCGUAGCGUCACAAUCGCCGAUGGAGAUGGACUGUCGGUGAUUAGAGAAGAGCAAACAGCUUUCGUUUCAAAGGAUGAUGUUUCAUGCAAAUCGGAGUCUAUCUAUUCUGCAAAACCUGGUAGCGUAACCGGUACAAAGUAUGGCGAUGCAGACAUCAAAGCUCUGUUUGCUGAAAGAGAAGCUAAAUUAAGAGCAGAAUUUGACGAUGAAUUAAAAACACAAUUAGCUAUGCUAAGGGAACGAUUUGACUUCGUGCUGGAACAUGAACAAGUCCGCUCGUGUUACAUGUUACGGGAAGCUCACAGGGAGAGGAAGGAGAAAAUUCAAGCUCUACAAACACAGCUAGAAUGUAAAAACUUGACUGGUCUGAUGUACGUUAUGUGCUCAGAAAGAAGGAAAGCGAAAUUUGAAAAGAUGAGGAUUAUUUCCGAGUACACGAAGUACAUCCUGACUCUGCAAGACAUCCUCACGGAAGGCCAGCACCUCAUCCUCCACCUAUCUCGAGGGUACAAGACAGCUGCUCGCGUGGACCAUGAGUGGAGGCAGAAAAUGAGAAGCAUCAUCAAAGAGUUCCAAGAAUACGUGUACCACUUCGCCGGCGGCACCCCUGAGUCCAAUCAGUACGUGUUCGACGUGCCAGCCCUGCUGAGGACGGAGGCCCCCAUCGUCGACGACCCGGAGGAAGAUCCGUGUACGUGUGAAGAAGAUGAAGAAGAAGAAUCGACGGGGGUAAACGAAGAUGUUUUCAACGAGAUGUUCCUGAAAUCCGACUGUCCCCGUGCUGAGGACAUCAAAGAUGAAUACCCGAAGCAUUUGCCAGGGCACAAGUGGGAAUGCCAGGCCCAUGUGGACAACGACUCUAGCGAUUCUUCCAGAUUCGAAAGUCGGCGUGUGACCACCAACAGCAAUGAAAUGCGUAAUAUGGGUUCCAUCCUGAAAAUAAUCACAUCAACUGGCUUAUUACCCCCAAAAACCAACCUGCUUGCAGCGCGGGACUCCAUGGAGAUCGCCUCCUCCACCAGAAUUCGAGGAAAGAAGAACGGCGAUAUAAAAAAACAGUCCAUUUGUAUUGCAAGAACGAGAUCGUCGAGUAUGCAGAAUUUGCCGAAAGAGUUCAUGCCUGGAAAAUCGAACGAUUUAAACAAGUUAGAGCCAACAGUCAGUACUCAACAGCGCCUGUCUGACGAAACCUGCGAUGAAGCGGAACCUACGGUUAUUCUCAAAAACGGUUUAGAUAGCAUUCAAGACAGCCUGCUGGUCAUACCAUCUCACAAGGCAGACAAGGAUAAUAAAAUUCAUUAUGAAAAAAUCUGCCCCAUAGACAAAUGUCAGCGAAUGCAAGUGGACUCCUUUAUGCGUUCAUUACCAGCUUACAUGCGUGCGAGUCCUUACUUGCUUUUCGAGCAAACCUUCGCUGAGUAUGAGACAUGUUCUCCUGAACAACUGCAAAUCCUAAAGCAACGCUUAGAGCAAAAGCAGAAAAGACACACGCCUGAAGAAGAGGACAGAGCGUCUAUACCAGAUUUCGAAAAGGCGGUCGAUGGCGUUGGCGUGCAGACCUCUGACGAGCUGAUUACGGGUUUACCGCCUUGCACUUGCAUGGCCCCUUCACCGUCUGCUGCAUCCAGUACUGUUAGGAUCUUUAGAGUGGAAGACCUUAUCCCGAUGAAAGAGGCCCUGGAUGAGAUCACGAAGGAAUGCUUCUACAACCAAAAUAUCAUGUUCGACCGGUUCAAAGUAGUUGGGCAAGAGAGCAAGCCUUCGUAUACUAAAGAAACAAAAUGCAAAGAAGAAUUCAAGAAGCAAAGAGUACAAGAGAUAAAGAACAUCCUGAGAAAGCAUCCCAGCAUGCUAGACUUGUUCCAACCCAACCCUCAGUGUUAAAAACCAUUAUAUCUAUCUUUUAUAAACUUUAUUACAAACAUUAAAAUUCUAAUAAAA